AUGGGAUCAAAUGUGAAAUUCAUGGUCUCAGCGGCCAGUCUAGCUGUUGGUUAUGUGCUUGAUAUUAUCGCCGAGGUAUCUUUUUGUAUUUUUCUGCCGGGGAUGGGCCAGAUUAGGAAGGGCGGGUUUUCACGGAGGUUGCUCCUCAGAUAUCUCCACAACUACAGAUUGAGGAUCUUCCAAAAUCGAGAAGAUUGGUGCAUAUGGCUAGGUCUCUUCACCUUACAAUUUGUAUGGCACUUUGGCCCGGGGUUGUGGUGUGGUAGGGGAGAAUGGGGGAUAAUCCCACACAGGAGUUUCAAACGACGUCUGGUUCACGUUUGGCAGGAUAACUCCACCACCACACGGGGUAUGCGGUCGGCGAUGGGGUCAAAAUGCUCGUAUGAUCGAGGGCUUUUCGAUGGAUCUAUCGGCGGGUUCUUAUUCGAAAAAUCGAGCGAGUUCGUGGUGGAGCGGUUUUGAGAGAUGUAUAUCUCUGCAGUAUUGAAACAGAACUUACAUACAUUGAUUACAACUGAAAAUCAGGUAAAACUACAUACUUGUAAAACUGAAUUUAACUGCUAUCUUCAAGAUAAUCUGAUGAAUUUACAUAUCAAAUCAAUUCUAGAGUUAUGAAAAAUUGUUGAGAGUAUAUAUUCAA